CAACCAUCAUUAGGCUACAGACACUGCCAGCUAUGUCCUGCCUGUAAACAUAUACGGUUUUCUUUUUUGCUUUUUUACUCACCACAAAUCAUAUUUUUGCCUCUUUUUGUACCUCUUAACAUUUUCUAGUUUUGAGUGCUUUGACGCAGCGGCCAUGUGUCUCAGUUCGCAGGGGGAGAAAAGCUGUGGUGCUCGGCUGUUGAUGCUGCUCCUGCUCUGGGUCUCCGGUUGUUCAUGCAUGGAGGUUAUUGUGCCCAAUAAAAUCAACGUAAAGAAUGGAACAGAUAUCAAAAUCCCUUGCACUUUUACUUCCUGCUAUAAGAUAUUUGCACCCAAGUUUGUCAUGAACUGGACCUACCAAGAAACAGUCAACGAUACAGAACAGAUGUUUAUGGCCUACUACAAGAAGAGAGGAAUGGUGGCUUUGAGGUUUGCAGACAGGGUCAUGUUUGCAGGGAACCUGGAAAAGAAUGACCUGUCAAUCACCUUAUUAGAUGUUCAGGAGGAGGAUGAGGGGUUUUACCACUGUUACGUGAUAAAUCCCCCGGACCGCAUACAUGGACAUGGGGUCAUAAAGCUGAAUGUGUUUACUAAACUUCCCCCACCAAGAGACUCGACAAUUGCGGUUGUGAUUGGGGCAUCGGUGGGCGGAGCGCUUGCUCUCCUAAUCCUUUCCAUGGUGGUCGUGAAAUUUCUUCGCCAUCAUCUCAAACAGGAGCUUAUCUCAGAGGAGAAGAUUGAGGAGGAGGGGAAAUUAGAGCCUGAAGGUGCCACAGAGGAAGGAACAAAGUAAGAAUUCAGAUAAUAGAGUCAGAAUCUUCCAGCUUUAGGGGCAUCAGUCUGUUGGAUCACUGGAAUUGGUAUUGCUGUCAGUAAGUGGGUUGUUCUGAACAAAAUCUCUUCUAGAAAAUGGCCGUAUCGUACCAUCAAUGAGUAAACUGUCUUAUGUCAGCACUGAAUUUAGAGAGAUACUAUUUUCCUGUAUAUCCUCAAAUAACAUCUAAUUAAUGCAUUGAUACUUGAUAAUGCUACUUAAACACCUCAAAUAGACACACAGGUAAAAAACGGAUGUUGCAACUAGGUCACUUAUUGUAUUCCUCCCAUAGCGCUUUUGUUUUCCUCCCAUUCUGUAGCAUCCCCAAAUAGCACACCAAGUCAGAGGUCUUGGUUUAAAAAAAAUAAAAUAAAAUAAAAAAGCUUUUUUCUGGAGACAAAUCAACCCACAAGCAAAGCUGCCAACUCUCGCGGAUUCUGCAGGAGACUCCCGGAAACUGCCCUUGUGUCCCGACAUCCCGACUGAGCUUUCUUCUGCUUGUCGUUUUUUUCAAUGUCACAAACGACAGAGCCCCCUGUGAGUGCUUUUAGAUGGGGGAGGGCCCCACAAUAGCACCUGCUGCUCGUUGAGCGAUACGUGCUUUCAUCUCAAGGGUCACCAGAAGUCUCCACAAGAUUUGUCACUUUUUUGAAAAACACAAUCUAGAGCGGCCUGAUUACUCACGAAAUGCAGUAGAACCUCGGUUAACGUAUGUCCUGGUUGGUUUCUUUUUCGGUUUACUUUGAAAAUAUUCUCCAAAAUGUUGCCUCUUAGUGUACAGUAUAAUGCCUGUCUUGUUGUGUUAUUAAUACACUGCGUGGGUCCAACUGUGUCAGUUACAUAUAUUUAUCACAAAACGGGAACCGUACGCAGUACGUACCCGGAACACAAUCGAUGCCGCGCAUGCACGAGGUCUACAUCACUUCCUGCUUGAGCAAAUUUUUUACAACAGCGCUUCUGCAACGUCAUGUGCUAUGAUAGUUAUUUUUUAAAUGUAUGAACAUAAACGGUCAAUAACCAUACUUCAUAAAAUGUAAUGUUAUUUUAUUUGUUCAAAUACUUUGUUACCAUGCGGAUGUUUCUCUCGUCUCAUGUCAUUCACCAAGACUGGGCUACGUAAAAACCUACGCAAUGCACGUUAACGGCAUAUCCGGUUAGUAUAACAUACAUAACUAAAUAGAAUAAAAGAACAAAACAAAGUAGGCCGACCGGAUGUGGACACAUUCUGCACAUGCGUUGAACCCAGUUGAGCCAACUGCGUUUCGGGUACGUAUUGCGUAGUGACACCGGAAGGCAUUGUCCACCAGCUUUGUCGCCCGUCUAUGACAUCAUUAGCUAUUGACUCUAGUUCUUUGCUGAUUACAUUUUAAAAAUAUAAAAAAAGUGUUUUGUGUUAACAUUUUUGGGCUGUCUGGAGAAAUGAAUUGGAUUAGCAUUACUUCUUAUGGGAAACAUUGUUUACGUUUGAGUCAGACCUUCUGUAACGGCAUAAUUACGCUCACCGAGAUUCCACUGUAUAUCGACAAAGGUGCGUUAUAAUGUGUUUAUGAGUGAGGAAGAACAGGUAGUGCUAAGUCUAUUUGUGGCGGUCCAAAUUUACUUGUGCCGGACCGCUACGAAUAAAUGAAUGUAUGGGAAACACCGUCUUAUGCACCUUCCGUGUGAUCGUUAUCAUAAUUAUUGCAUCAAUUCCUAUUCAAAUCAUAUCCCAAUAAUGACGAUAACCAGCAAAUGGUAAAGAACAGACCUCCCCCAAGGCUUAACACCGUUUUGAUUGAAACUAGAUGAUUGUGACAUGCUGGCAAAUACUGUUCCACUGUAGGAGGCAGCAUUUCAAAGCAAGUACAUUGUUUUCACUACAGCUCUAUCUGCUGCCUCAUUUGGCCCUAAUGUAAGUGGACCGUAAUGGCAAAAGGGGGUUUUGUGGUAGGGAGGUUUCCACAGUCUGCUCUUUCACUUUUUGCAUCAAAAUUUACUGGACUAUUCCUUGGACUAUGCGCCACCCGUCUACAGAAUGUUGAGGAAAUUUGUUGUUUUUCAUGCAAUCCUGUUAACUGACCAACAAACUGUUUAAAAGGAUGACUCAUGCUUGUUGAAGGUAAUGACGAUUUACAGCAAUGCAUUGACUGUUUCCUCCCGCUACCUGCUUCUAAACCAAGCUUCACACUCACUGCCCCGAACUUGAUUGAACUCUUACAGAGUAAACAUCUCUUUUCUGGCCUUUGCAGAUAACCACAUAUGGUCCAUCAGACUAAACCAGUAGCCAACCCAGCACCUCUCCUGGUAAACUCAUCAUCUUCCACAGCAAUUGCCUUGUAAUCGUAAACAUAAAGGGAUUGAUGUUAUCAUGUGCACCUGGAAUAAAAAUAUGGGAUGGAAAAAUUAUGUGAUAGAUGAUAGUAAAUCAUGUCAUACAUAAUUUCAAGAUCAGUAUUUAUGUUUCUUUAUUUACCCAAAAACAUACAUAACUGGAAUUGGCAUAAUUGGAGACUCAAAAUUGUCCACAGGUGUGAAUGCUAACGCUUGUUUGUCUAUACUUUAUGUGCCCUGUGAUGGACUGGUGACCAGGCCAGAGCAAAAUAAGUGGUAUCAAGAAAUAAUAAAUUAAUUUAUUAGCUUGUCUGCACAAUAUUGCUUUUUCCUAACGUACACAAACGGUAGAUAUUUUUAUUUCAUGUCAAAAGAUAUGUGCAUCUCUUCCCGAUACAUAGGAAGCACUGCUUGAAUCAUAAAGUGUUACUUCUGCAUGUUUGUGUGUGUCAGCUAGCAUGUGUGUUUUGUAUGUACAGUGUUUGUGUGUGUGUGUGUGUGUGUGUGUGUGCGUGUGCGUGUGUGUGUGCGAGAGGAAUGCGCACGGUUAACAGUCCACAUCAAGUGUUGUGCUAUUCAUUGCUACAAUCAUCAGUUGCAAGUUCUAACAUUAAGGGCUGGGUGGUAACGUUAGUCGUGUUAGUUACGACCUGUUAAUACAUACAGUAUAAGUACGUAUUAACAUUCUUAUCUGACUUUAUUUUCCCAUAGUGCACAUUCAUGUAAUCUUGGCGUAUUAGAAGGAAUAAUUGUAACGUGUUGAUCCAUGGCUCAGGGCUGGACACGUUCUGCCUGUAGAACAAAUCCCUCUGUCUGAGAAAACAACCAUUCUGUCCUCAAAACGAGGCCCCCAGCCUUCGUAAACAAGUUCUUCUGGCGGUGUUCUUUAGGCUAACUGGGCAGCGCAUGUCGGGAGAGGGCUAGGAUUGAAUAAUCUCUGCUUCUUCCUACUCCUUUUGGACAUGUGCCCAUUGUAAUAUAUGAUGUAUACCAGGGUAAAACGUUUGUAUGUCCAAAUAAAGUUAAACCAUUAGACUGUGAUCUAAGUCCCGUUUUGGUGUAAGUCGCGUCUGACACCAAAAUGAAUUCGUAAGUCACUCGCACUGUACACUGAACACCUGAAGGACAUAAAAUACAGUAAUAAGACACGUUUCAUUGAAUUCUUGUAUUUAGAAUUCAAUGAAACGGCAAUAAAAAAAUUAAAAAAGCCAAAGCGCUACCUUUCCAUGUCAAUAAUAAGACGACUAUAUACUGUUUAGUCGUACUGUCGCUUUCAGAGGAUCAGCGAUCAGGCAGUUAUGUGGAGAGGUAAAGAAUUUUGGGAUAUCCGACCGUCUGUGAACGUGGCAUGAGUCCUGACUGUGUGUGUGGCUGCGUGCAGCGAGGACAGCUGAGUUUCUUGAUGUUGUUUGUAUGUGGUUCGGUCGACAGUAGCCUGUUUUGUUUAUUUCAAUUAAAAGACUGUUGAUCAUCCACCCCCUCGUCAUCCAUACAACGUUCGGGUAAAAGUGCUGAGACGAGUGAGGCCAAUUUCUGUAUUGUUUCGUGGAACACAAAUCAGUCAUAUGUAGUAUUCUGGCCAAUAGGCGUCAGUAAUGUUACAUUGAUAAGACAUGACAUUAUCUUACUGUAGAUUACCUUCAAACUGCAUGUAGUCAGCCAUGGCAUGUCCGACAUGACUUAGUUCUCCUCCCAUUCCGUGUGGAAGUGGUAAGGUUUUGUCUAAGGUUGAGAUGUCAUUUCAUGUCUAGAGGGCUCUAAUAAUGUUAAAAACUUAAUUCAGAAGGUCGUAAACUGUUUUUUUAUGCUCUUAACUACGAACAUUUAUAAAUAAGGAAUUCUUAUCGGAAAUUCACAUAUCACGGUCGGGUCUGGAACCAAUUAACUAGGGCUGUCCCGAUCCGAUAUUGAUAUCGGAUAUUGGGCCGAUAUCAGCCACAAAAAAAAGAGUAUCUGAUGAUAUCGGCUUGCAUUUAUUUUGCUUUGAUUUCAGUUUUUGCAAGCCACCCCUUGAUUAGUUCAUUGGUUAAGAGUAUGUCCCAAAUCCUUAUCAUGCAUUUGAAUACAGAGUCCAAUCAGUAUUGAUCCUGGAUUAGAAAUGUGUGCAAAAUGCAGUUGAAAGCUUUGAACUGAAAGCUAUUUAUUGUCUCAAACUCAUGAAGCUUAAUUCAAUUACAAUUACAAUCCCCUGUAAUGUUGGAUGUAAAGUUAGAAGCUAAGAGGCUUAUCAGAGCACAGAGAAGAUUAAUAUGCUGUUCUUCCAUUUCUCAGAACUCGGUUAUCCCAGUGAACAUGGCGAAUUGAGUGUUCUGCAUCGCCUUCAAUGUUUCUCAGCUGCAUGUGCGUGUACCACGUCUUCCAUACACUACUGUAAUUUCAUUAAACAGCCAUUAAUUGACAGCAGAGUGAUGUAUAACGUGGAUCGGCAUAUCCAUUACUUAUUUGUCAAAGCUGCCCUGUGUUUCACCAGUCUUUUUGUGUUCAAGGAAGCCCUGGAAGGGAUAAAUCUGGUGCACUUUCUCCUGCCCAAUAAAUACAAAUCUACUUAAUGCCACAACUGGUUAUAGCAUCCAAUCCCUUUGUAAUUAGAUACAAGUAACUCGAUUGAUAACAUUUCACAAAUAAGUUCAACAAACAGAAGGAGAGCUUGAAAACGUUGUUUGUUGUAGAUGACUGUGAUGCAUCAUUUUUCAGUAGGUGCCUGCCUGCCUUUGCUUUUGUUAUUAAAGUAGAUCAAAGCAUGAACACUGUAGUCUAUUUCCCUGCAUGUGAAAUACCACCACCGAUGUCACCUUUCACCAAAGUCUGCUACGAAAUCACAACGGAAAACAAACACGAGCAUAUGGAAGAAUGCAAAGUCUUUCACACCGCUGGCACUUUCUUGUCUAUGUGGCACCUAUGUGUUCUUUUAUUGUACAUGGAUUGAUUCCAUUUGUCUCUUCCAAAGUCGUAUAUUGCAGCAUACGCAAAUGAUGUCCAUCACAAAACGUUCUUUUGUGUGUGUUUCCAAGACACUGUCUAAAAGAGAUUUUGUACAUUGGCACGUUAUACUAUCAUCGUAUUUAAAGGGAUAGUUACGGAUUUGUUUUGACAUGAAGUUGUAUGACAUCCCCAUCAGCGGUGACUAUGUCAACGGUGACUUGUGAUGAAGAUGCUCGCAUCUUCUUCCGCUGUGGAACACACGUAAACAAGAUGGCCAUGCGAUCACAUACACACAAACUCAAAAGAGAAGCGACGGUGCGCAGGGAUACGGCGGGAGACAAAUGACGAAUACUUAAAUGACGCAGCAACUAAGCAGAACUACGUCCCUCGUCACGGAAAUCUGACCAGCACUGGACUCGCAGGACCAAAUCACUGUUGUCACUGUCCAUAUAGUCCACUGCUGAUGCGGGCGUCAUACAACUUCAUGUCAAAAAAUCCAAACUAUCCCCUUAAGAGCAUGCCAUAAAAGUUGUAAAGGAUCAAUAUGAUAUACUGGAAUGUGUAGCUUUUUACAAUAAAACUUGGAAUGAUGAUUGUAUGGAUCAGGAAGAUAUAUCAUUUUUUAUGUUUGGCAUUUUAGCAUCGUGAAUGUUGAAUAUAAACUUAAUAAAGUAUUUCAUCAUUU